UGCGUAGUCAUGCUUGGGCCAUAGGAUAUUGAGUAACUAUAGGUAGUAUAUAACACAUUUGUUUGGCAAAACAACAAACCUGGAUAAUAAAUUUAACCAUAUAUCAUAACAUAGAAUCGUUCUUAUUUACACAAUAAAUACAAUGAUUCUAACUGUAAAACCACUUCAAGGAAAGGAGUGCAACGUACAGGUCACAGAAGAUGAAAAAGUUUCCACGGUGAAAGAACUGGUGUCUGAACGUCUGAAUAUACCACCAAAUCAGCAGCGAUUGCUUUACAAAGGGAAAGCCCUUGCAGAUGAACACCGACUGAGUGAUUAUUCCAUUGGUCCAGAGGCCAAGUUGAACUUGGUGGUUCGUCCAGCAGGCGAAAGGAGUGGAGUUACCGGAAUGGCUAGCAGUAACAGUGCUGUUGGUGGGGUGUGGCAGACUUUGUCCACCGUCCUGGCAAAACAUUUCAGCCCUGCAGACGCAGCUAAAGUUCAAGAACAGCUAAUCAAGGAUUAUGAACGUUCACUUCGACAGCUCAGUCUGGAUGAUAUUGAGCGUCUUGCUGUGAGACUUCUUCACCCGGACAGUGAGGGCAUGGACACAUCGUACUUGGAUUGAGAACCUGCCUUUCCUACCUGACAGUAUUCUGACGAUUCCCAAAAGGGAAGUGGGUCUAUUUUUAAAGAGCAAGUUAGGGGAGAUGGAGCGUUGACUUUUCAUGAUGGCAUUGCUCACUGGAGAUAAAUUGAAUUGUUGGUGGUGGUCUUAACUACAUAGCUUCCAGAUUGAUGACUUAAUUUUCUUCAGUUUUGCUCAAUAAAUAAUAGGAUAUUUUCUCUGAUAAAAUCAGACAAACCAACGUGCGAGUUAUCUGUGGCUGCUACAUCAAAUUACAAAAAUUAUGGAAGUUCACAUUAACCAACAAUGUGUUGAAAAUUAUUGAUUGUGAGUGAUGCCUGUCUCUUUUAGUUACUGUUGAUUAAUUCAGCCAUUGUAUGAUUUGUAAAUAUUGUGUUUAUACAAACAUUAACAAGCAUUAAAAAAAAAAA